CGCUAAUAAUAAUAUAAUAAAAAGAAAAAGAGGACUGCGGAUAUCUUUCACUCUCUCCGCGUAACAAUGGCGGCGCUGUUAGAGCCACCACCGCCGUUUCUGAACCAGCUCCUUCCUCCCAACUCAACCUCCACACGUCCCCUUCCGUACAAUCUCAGACUCGGAAGACCAACAAACUCUCCUAACCACCCCACACUCCUCGCCGCCACAACUCCUUGUUGCUCUGCCGCCACUUCCGAACAACCCAUACCCCAAUUACCCGACCCGGUUCCGGAGACAGCUUUGGUGCGGACCAGGGACCGGCGCCGGGCGGUCCGGUUGGCCUGGGAGAAGCUGGUCCGGUGGUCCAGGACCUGGCGCUCCAAGACCAAGACCGAUGUUCUUGAACGCACUAACAAGGUGGUGGUGCUUGGAGGUGGGUCUUUCGCUACGGCAAUGGCCUCCCAUGUUGCAAAUAGAAAAUCCCAGAUGGAAGUUAGCAUACUGGUUCGUGAUGCUCAAGUUUGCCAAUCGAUUAACAGCAACCAGUGUAAUCGUAAGUACUUUCCAGAACACAAGCUGCCAGAAAAUGUAAUUGCAACAACUGAUGCCAAAGCUGCUUUGCUGGGUGCCGAUUAUUGCUUUCAUGCAGUCCCUGUGCAGUUCAGCUCAGCGUUUCUUGAAGGGAUUGCAGAACAUGUUUAUCCAGGCUUGCCGUUCAUAUCAGUCAGCAAGGGUUUAGAGCUCAAUACGCUGAGGACCAUGUCUCAGAUCAUUCCUCAAGCAUUGAAGAAUCCCCGGCAACCUUUCAUCGCACUAUCAGGGCCUUCUUUUGCGCUGGAGCUGAUGAAUAAAUUACCAACAGCAAUGGUCGUAGCGUCGAAGGACAAAAAAUUGGCAAAUGCAGCUCAGCAGCUUCUGGCUUGUGACUAUUUGAGAAUCAGCACUUCAAGCGAUGUCGUAGGGGUAGAAGUUGCAGGUGCUCUCAAGAAUGUGCUCGCAAUAGCUGCAGGGAUUGUGGACGGGAUGAAUCUUGGUAAUAAUUGCAAGACAGCUCUUGUUGCACAAGGAUGCUCUGAGAUACGGUGGCUGGCAAUGAAGAUGGGGGCGAAGCCGGCAACAAUCACCGGUCUAUCAGGAAUUGGGGACAUCAUGCUUACAUGUUUUGUGAACCUUUCCAGAAACAGAACAGUUGGGGUUCGUCUUGGAUCGGGGGAGCAACUCGACGAUAUACUGAGUUCUAUGAAUCAGGUGGCAGAGGGUGUGUCAACAGCAGGAGCUGUGAUUGCACUAGCGCAGAAGUAUAAGGUGAAGAUGCCGGUUUUGACAGCGGUAGCUCGGAUUAUUGACAACGAACUGACCCCGAAGAAAGCUGUUCUUGAGCUGAUGAGCCUCCCUCAGGUUGAAGAGGUCUGAAUUGCUGCAGAGGUUUUACAUUCAACAGGAUUCAUCUCAUCAUAUAAUCAGAUUAAUCCUCUGGGUUCAUGUCUCCUCCGAAAUUCCAAUGGGAGAUCGAUUUGUGAAACGAUCCAAAUUUUUUUUUGAAAUUAAGGAAUUUAAAAGAAAGUUAUUAAUCUCGUCGAUCAUCUUCUUUCGUAUCGA